CAACAAAAUUGCACACCGCUUGAGUUGCUAACGUGCGUUGCGGAAACUUCGUAUCUGGGCUGUCUAGUCGGGCCGGCCCGAUGAGCGAGUUAAAGUAGUAUAUGAGGGAUCAGAAUGGUUGGAACGCAAUAGCUGGCGAUGACGAAGCCUAAACUACCACCUGACUGACUGGACUACCUUACUUUCGACUGCUCCCGUCCCUCGCUAUCUCGAUUGCCACCAAUAUAGCAGUUCAAUACGCUCCAACAAGAACAACAAAGGCUCAGAAUUGGGGAGAAUGGGCAACAUUUCUCCCUACAACCUUGACCCUGCGCAGUACACGUUCCCCUCGCCACUGAAGGGGUGGGAGAACCACGCCCCUCCGUCUGAUUCGAAAACACAAGACGGAAAGAGCUACGACAGUCCUGAUAAUAGUGUCCUCAGCGAUGCUUACGAGCACUUCGUCUUGCCGAUUUCGAAUGGCGGCCGUCAUGACUCCCAGCUGCCUGGGUUCGACGUGCACGUAUACUUCAACCCUCAAGACGAGUCCCAAGUACGCUAUGCAAAGGACUUGUGGACGCGAAUCCGAUUAGAAUUUCCGGAGCUGAAAAUAUACCCUUUGCACACAAUCCCGCAAGGCCCCCAUGCGCCGGGUAUGUUCGAGGUGGCGCUCUUCUCGCCGCAUCAGUUCGGGGCCUUCGUCAGCUGGCUGUUCGUGCAUCGUGGACCACUAAGCGCUCUCGUGCACCCCAACACGGACGACGAGCUCCGCGACCACCUGCAUAUGACGGCGUGGCUAGGGCCUGAGGUGCCUUUGGAUAUGGGACGGUUCAGGCUGAGGCCGGUGUGUGAGACAAUGGAUAAACGGGCUGGGACGGUGACGAGAAUUGUGGACACAGGGUUCGAAGGGAAAACCGUGAAAGAGGUCAGACAGAUUAAAUAAUUUACUUUUGGGGAUUAUCAUUAGUAAAUAGUCCAUACUAGAUGACCAGCUCGGGACAAAUCGUUAUCGAUACCAGCGAAAUGCAUAUUCUGGGAUUCCUUCAAUC